UAGUAAUUUUUAAUUAAAAUACAACAGGAUAUAAAAAGUCAGCAUGAUGUUGCAAAUAUACUAUCAGUUUAUUAUAUUAUCAUCACUAGUACGAAAAUUCUUACAUAAAAAGAGAAUACAAAGUCGAUUAUAAUUAAACUGUAUUUGAUACAUUACAGAGAUAAUGUGCAGAAUUGUCAUAUUGUCUCUUAUCCUAUCGAUUGUUAGUUCUAUAGAUUCCGCAAGAAUUUUAGCCAUUUUUCCAACACCAUCGAUAAGCCAUCAAGUUGUUUUCAGACCUUUGACUCAAGAGUUGGCAAGACGCGGCCAUGAAGUCACUAUCGUCACAGCUGACCCGGCAUUUACCACAGAAAAUGCCCCAGAAAACUUGACAGAAAUAGACUUGCAUGAUAUUUCUUAUGCAUCUUGGAAAGAGAAUUUGAUGAAUAGUAAUAUACAAGUUGGUAAGCGAAGCAGCUUGUCGUCACAAGUAAAACUACUGAGCACUUUAGUGGCUAAGUUUACAGAAGUACAGAUGAAAACUAAAGAAAUACAAGAGUUGGUCAGAGACGGUGAGAAGAAAUUUGAUUUAUUGCUGAUAGAAGCAUGUGUAAGGCCAUACAGAAUAUUCUCACAUAUAUUCAAAGUACCCGUUAUUGAACUAGGUUCGUUUGGAAUGUUUUUUGAGAACGAAAAAAUUGUCGGCGCCCCGUCUCAUCCUUUCUUGUACCCAACGGCGAUGAACCGAUAUAAACUAUUUAACCUAACGUUUUGGGAAAAAGUAUUUGAGUUAUAUAAUUAUGUUUGGAUAAAUGUUUUCUGGUCUGCUAAUGCUGAUGAGGAACUCACAAAAUUUCGUAAGUUGUUUAAUAACAACGACAUACCUAGUUAUGAAGAAUUGAACAAAAAUAUUGAUAUGCUGUUUUUGAACAUACAUCCUGUAUGGAGUCACAACCAGCCCUUACCACCAAACGUUAUUUCUAUUUGGGGCAUUCAUAAAAUACCAGAGAAGCCACUUCCUAAGAACCUAGAAGAUUAUUUGAAUGCAUCAAAAAAUGGCGUGAUAUACGUAAGUUUUGGGACUAAUGUUCUCACUUCAUUGUUUCCACCUACAACUGUUGAAACCUUAAUGAGAGCAUUUUCCAAAUUACCUUACGAUGUACUGUUGAAAUGGGAUAACAAAAACCUUCCAGGAAUCAGUGAUAAUGUUAAAGUAUCCACGUGGUUUCCGCAAUCGGAUCUAUUAAAACAUUCGAAGAUAAAACUAUUCAUCACACAAGGAGGUUUACAAUCAACAGAUGAAGCUAUCAAUGCUGGGGUUCCUCUUAUUGGUAUUCCAAUGCUUGGAGAUCAAUGGUACAAUGUAGAUCUAUACGAAUAUCAUAAAAUAGGAGUAAGAAUUGACAUAGAUAAUUUAACUGAAGAUAAUCUCCUUAAAGCAAUCAGAACUGUUGUCGAUGAUAAAAGCUAUAAGGAUAAUGUUAAGAGACUUCGUUCUAUUAUGAGAGACCAGCCCGAGAGCGCCCUGGAGCGCGCCGUAUGGUGGACGGAGUACGUGCUGUGGCACGGAGGGGCGAAGCACCUGCGGUCCCCCGCCGCCAACAUGCCCUGGACCGACUACUAUGAGAUUGACUUUAUAUUUAAGUUAUUUUGUUUAGUCAUAACGAUCCUGUUAACAAUUGUAUUAAGCUUAUACCUUCUAUAUGUUUACACGUUUCGGAAAAAUCCCAAGAUGAAGAAUAAGAUAUCGUAA